CGCGUCGACGUUUGUUAAUUUCACUAUAGUUUGUUUGACUUAGAAAAAUCGUCAAGUUAAGAUACAAUUUUGUAUCUUGCGUACAAGUUAAUGCAUAGACUAAAUUAUGUGGCGACUUUAUCUGUUUAGUAACGAUAAAGACACUCGCUGUUUGGAGAUUAAAAGUUUUAAACACUAGGCAUCGUUUUCAGAAAGAUGAAUGUGUAGACACCUGUAAAAAUCAACAACAUGUAUGUGCCGGUUUGCAAUAUUAUUCAUAAUAAAGACAGUUUAAGAGAUGACAUAUGAACAUUUCUAAGAACAUUUCUAAUGUCCAGAAUUGAAAUGGACUUAACGUAUUAACAUUGAAAGUUACACAAGGAUAUCGCUAAUGUUUAGAAUUGAAAUUACAAAAACAAAAUAUAUAUGGACAGUGGCAUGUGAACAUCGCUUAUGUUUAAAAGUGAAAUUGACGCAUUAAAUAUGCAUCGAAAGUGGCAUGUGAGCAUUUCUAAUGUUUAAAAUUGAAACUGACGCGAUCGUGAUAUACUGAAGUACGAAUUAGCUCUCUUCAUCAACUCAAUCAUGGAUAAUGAGAGCAAAUCAUCACACUCGACGGCCGGAGAGCCGGGUACAUAUCGGCGUACAAUCGGCGUCUUAAGAAUAGCGGUUGUCGUCCUUGCCGCCGUCAUUGUCAUCCUUGUAAUUGCAUUCGCCGUCGUAGUAACCCAGCUUAAGGAAGAAUUAUCCUCGCAGCCGGGGGACUGUCCGUCCACAGACAAUAUCAAACUAGAUCCGCCGGACAUUUUACCGCCUUUUCACGAUCUCACGCGGGUCGAGAUCGCUUCAAUAAGAGAAUUCAUGUAUUCAGAGAAAGACUUGAGUCUAGUUCGAGCGACGGACAUACAGACGAACAAUAGUUACAUUUACCUCAUAGAGCUUAAAGUGCCAAAAAAAGACCAGGUGUUGCAGUAUUUAGAUAACGGGCAGGCACAGCCUGUCCGAGAGGCUUUAGUCUUGCUGUUUAGGGGCGAUAAACCGGAACCUUACAUUCAGGAAUACACGGUGGGUCCCCUACCAAAUCCGUACUACAAAAAAGAUCAGAGGGAUUUCCCUUUCAGAUAUCGUCCACCUACAAUCCCCGAGCUCAUCGGCGUUUAUGAGAAAUUAAACAGAGAGCUUCAUGAAUCCAUUGGCAAUAUUUUAAAAGAGAGUUAUGGCGGUUCACUUGUCGACUGCGAAGACCAGUGUCUGAAAUUCCAGCAGUUGUCCGUCAUGCCGACAACUGCCAGUAAUCAACCUAGAACAAGGAAGGUAUGGUUCAGUCUCGCGCCGUAUAUCGAAUUUUACUCACUACAUCCGUUAGAUUUCGCUGUAUUGGUGGACAUGACGAGUACGCAACCUAAGGAUUAUCACAUUGAUGCGCUGUACUACGCGGGCGAUAGAUUUAAAUCCAUCGAAGAACUUCAGCGGGCUUAUGAGUUUGGGUCCGUAACGAAAACCAAAAUACCCUUCCCAACUAACAAUAAAGAUCUUUAUUCAACAUUGAACCGACGCGGGAGUUUGUUUCCAUCGGACUCAAAAUUGCCUCCCAGGGAAUACGAACCGGACGGUCAGAGAUAUUCUAUAAAUGGGAGGCACAUUGAAUAUAUGGGAUGGCAAUUCGAUCUCCGCAUGUCAACAUCUUUCGGGCCGCAACUGUUUGACAUAAAGUACAACGGAAAGCGAAUCGUUUACGAGCUAAGCUUACAGGAAAUCGCUGUAUUUUAUUCGGCUAACAAUCCGUCGAUGCGUUUUGCAGACUACACCGAUAGCAGCAUUCUCAUCGGAGGUGGCUCCAGAGGAUUGGUAGCCGGCGCCGAUUGCCCGCAUCACUCCACAUUCCUGAGCGCCGACCACUCAUUCGAGUUCUCCGACGAUGCUGUUCGAAAUGACCGAGCGUUCUGUAUAUUCGAACACAACACCGGGCAACCCAUUCGUCGGCACUUGACCUCUAACGGAGAGAACAAGUUUUAUGAAGGAAUGAUGGACAUCGUUUUGACCGUUCGCACUAUUCCCACAAUUUUAAACUACGACUACAUUUUUGACUUCAUAUUUCACCAGAACGGGGCAAUAGAGGUCAAGUCCGUCUCAACAGGAUAUAUCCUCGCGUCCUUCCGAAACAGCGCAGAAGAUGAUUACGGGUUCCGUCUUAAGAACAAUAUCAUAGGAAACAUCCAUCACCACAUGUUCAACUUUAAAGUCGACAUGGAUAUCAAUGGACGCCCGAACCGAUUUGAGACCAUAGAGAUCGUACCUAAGAGCGUUGACAACACUCUGUGGUCGAGUAAGCUCGAUGCCAAAUACGAACAGACUAUGAUGGUCCGGGAACAGCAGAAAACGGAAAAAGCUGCCGUUGUCGACUUCGAUUUUACUAGACCCCAAUAUUACACGUUUUAUAACAACCAAGUUAAGUCUCCCAACGGUGUGCCUAAAGCUUAUAGAUUGUUGAUACAUGGAAUGUCAAAACAGCUGCUGUUCCCUGAUCGCGGCCAGGAGCCGUCAGUCGCGUGGGCGCGCCACCAACUCGCAGUCACGAAGUACAAGGACUCGGAGCGCACGAGCAGCUCCCUGUUCUCGAUUUGGGACGGCGAGGCGCCCGUCGUCGAUUUUCGGAAGUACAUAGAGGAUGACGAGGUUAUUACAGAUCAGGACCAGGUUGCUUGGGUAACCAUGGGGAUGCACCACAUUCCCCACAUGGAGGACCUUCCUGUGACCCCCACAGUCGGGCUUGACCUCAGGUUCUUCCUUCUGCCCUACAAUUACUUCGACGAAGACCCGGCCAUGGGAUCUGGGGAUGCAGUGAGAAUUGAACCUAGAGACCAGCAGAAUUUACAUCAGGGAGUUCAUAUAGAAAAUUACGGAAAAACGGACGAUAAGUGUUUUCCGAGGAAAUCUAGUUUUUAUAGUGAAAUUAGAGAUAACCCCGGCCGUUUGUUUAACUAAGUUUAGUAUUGUUAUUGAUUUGCUCAAACUGGUUUGUGUUAGAAGUGUUCAAUGAACGGAGCGUUGGAUUAUGGAAUAGCACGUGUUUUGUAUCUACAUGUAGUUUGUGUGUGGCUCACAUAGUGGUAACUGGCAGCAUAUACCUAAUUGUGAAAAAAAUGUUAUGUUGGCAACAGCAUAUUUGUUCAAGAAAGACAACUCAAUGUAGAACUUAAAUGAUAAAGAGUUAUAUGCCAAUAAUUGGCACGGAAGUUAUUAAGAGUGAACAACAUAAAUUUGAACACGCGAAUUUAAAUGUGAAUAAUUUACAUGAUUCAAUUAAGCAAGGGAACACGGUCGGUUAUUCUCUAAAUAAAAUGACUGAAUGAAUUGCAGUUGCAUGUGCACGGCUCCUAUGCAAGCUGUUCAGUUUUUGUAAACUAUUUACAUAAAAAGUACUGUUUGAAAUGUUAAAUCUGUAGACUUUGUUACAAUGUUCGAUAUAUGAAAUGUUGGUUUCAUAAUUAUCAUAAACGCAACAAUAUUU